GUGAAGUUUAGGGUUGGUUUCGAUAUUAUGUGAUCUGUGAAAUGAGUUGUGUUAGUUGAGAAUUUGUUAAUAAAUUAGUAUUAAUAUUUGUUUAUAUGCACAUUUUCUAUCCCUCUGCACUUUUUGAAGACAUGGGUGUUCUCGUUAAUGAAGUAUAAGUAUCAAUGGCAAAUACGGAAAACAAAGACUCUAAAAAAGACUUCAAGAAACGUAUGGUGAAAGCCCUUUUUAGUUAUACACCUGUAAAUAGUGAUGAGUUGACAUUAAAAAUCAAUGAUAUUUUAGAAGUUAUUGAAGAAACUGAAGAAGGGUGGUGGAAAGGCAUUCUUGAUGGUAAUGUUGGAAUGUUUCCAUCUAAUUUUGUAGUCGAAUUGGAUGGCUAUGCAGAAGAAAAUAAUAAAUUUAUGAGUGAACACAGUCCUUCAAAAAAUGUAGCAAAGACUAAGAAUGUUAGUCAGCAGCAAGAGCCUUCAAAUAAAACUGGUAAUAACCUUUUAAUUCAAAAUAAGCAAGAAUCUAAAAGUGGAGCUAAUACUUCAAUUUCAGAUGGAAUUGAUGGAUCAAAUACCUCAAAAUCUUCUGUUGAUCCAUUGCCUGAAAAAAAAUUGAUUACAACAACUAAAAAACCUCCUAUUGAUUCUUCUGCUCCCAGACUGCCUCCUAAACCUGUUCGUGAACAAGCUCGUGUUAUUUUCCCCUAUGAAGCGCAAAAUGAGGAUGAAUUAAAUUUGAAGGAAGGUGAUAUUAUUACUGUACUUUCAAAGGAAAUUGAAGAUAAGGGUUGGUGGAGAGGUGAAUUAAAUAGCAAAAUUGGAGUUUUUCCUGAUAAUUUUGUUAAACUUAUAAAAGCUGAAGAACAGAAAAAACCUGAAAGACCUGAUAAACCUCCUGCUGUCAGUGCUUCAAAAAAUAAUUUAAAAUCUGUUACUCCUGAUAAAAGUGCUUCGGAAUCUUCUCCAAAAUUAGAUAAGAAAAUUUUGAAAACACCUCCUGCCAAGCCACCACCUCCUGAAGUUCAUAAAAAAGAAUCUGAAAGGCCUCUUCCUCCAUGUCCAUUGAAGAAACCUCAGCCACCCAUUCAACCUGUCAAGAAACCCACCCGAUCUUCACUGGGACCAAAACUUCCUGCUUCUCCAGCAGUUACUUCUGUGAAGCCUUCUGCUGAGAACAGCCCAUCCAUUUCUUCAUCAUUUCUGUCAUCUUUAGAGAAAACAGAAGAAAUCACUAAAUUAGAAGGCCCUGUGGAAAAAGAAAAGCUUAGGACAGAAGAAACAGAAUUUGAUUUAAUUGAGAGCAGUGGCAAGAAACUUGUUCACCUGACUGCUAAUCGUGCUAAAGCCCCAAACAGAAGACCACCUUCUUUCAUCUUUCUGAAAGAAAAUGAAAGAGAUAGCAAGACUUCCUUAACCGAUUGCAGAAGACUAAGUGAACCUUUACUUGCUGAAUUCAGUGCUAUAUUACCACUUAAUGAAUCACAAAAGAAGAGUGCAGUAUCUGCUUCAAAUGUAGAAAUUAAACCUAAAAUCCCACCUUCAAGACCAUCGCCUCCUAUUGCUAAAAGUAACAGCUUGAGCAAGCAAGAUGCUUCUGUGUCGAAAGAUAACAAAAGAGAUUGUUGGAAUGAAGAUAGUGUGAGAGCUCAAGACACUAAUAAAAGGGAGUUAGUUUCAGAGAAAGUACCUAUCUCUACCAAAGAAAUUCUUCAACCAAAAGUUUCAGAACUAACUUCACAAAUCGAUUCAAAGUCACCAUUUUUUAAAAUUCCAUCAAACAUAGGCUCAUCUACUUCGGAUUUGCCAUCGCAAAUAAUUCCAAAAGUACCAGCUGUCAAAAUUCCAUCAAAUAUCUCCACAAAAGCAUCAUCGAACACAGUUUCAGUCAUAUCUCCAAAUGCACCUAAUGAAGCAAUUCCAUCUAAACCUUCACAUCAUAUAGUAACUAAGCCACCUGCUACUGUACCUGCAGAGAUAGCUUCCAACUUUAGUGGAACAACUUCAUUGGAAACUCAGGUUCAUGAUAUCAAGGAUGACUUGAAAGUGGUGAUUAACAAUAUGGUUACCAAGAAUGAAUACAAUGCUCUGUUAAAACAGGUGGAUGAAUUGAAAGCUAUAUUAGAAACGUACAAUAAAAAUUGUAAUAAAGCUAUUUGUGAUUUAAAAGAGGAAUUGAGUGAAGAAAGGAGAUUGCGAAGUAUGAUUGAGCUGGAGCUUCAAAAGUUGAAAGAAUGCCAAAAGACCUAACAUUUUUUUAAACGCUUACCAUGCCAAUUAAGUCCCUUUUUAUAGUGAUAAAAUAUUUUAGUAUUAUUUUUGCAUAAAAUGGAAUUCUAUUUCGACAUCCUGUGAAUAGUGAUUAUUCCCAGUGAUUGUUUAUAAUGUUUCAAUUUAAUGUCACUUAUAUAUAAUAUAUAUAUAUGAGUAGCUUGGUGCUGGAUGUGUUUUAUAUUUAAUUACUUAAACUUUAUUUAGAAAAGAAUAUAAAAUAACAACAUUUUUUUUUCCCUAAUAAAUUUAUUAUUUUUUUUAAUAAUAAAGCACGAAUUUUUGUUUAGCUUUUUGUAUUAUUAUUCAUCAUAGCUUAUUUUUUAAUACAAUGACAAUGAUUUAUUGUCAUUGUAUUAAAAAAUUUCUCCUCCACAUAAAAUUAUUUUUUCACCACAUUUUGUUUAUAAUAUGCCUCAUAUGAA